AUGCUCGAAAAAAUGAACCAUAUCAGUGCGGAAGUGUGGCGGGAAUGGAUUCUACAAGCGAUUUCUUCGAUACGUAAGCAGAAGCAGGCGGCAACAUUUAACCGCAUAUGUGGCGCAAUACGAAAACGGCAUGUAUUCCACGAGGACACCGUUGCCGGCCGGCUGAAGGAGGCGAUUGAGAGUGGUGCAAUUAGGACAAUAGUGCGGGGCGAUAAAACGAUCUACCGCGUAGUAAAAUCAUCACGUGCACAAAGUCAACACGUGCAGCAAGCAGAUAAACUAAUCUCGCUGUCGAACGUACUUUGUAUCGAGUGUUUAAAAACGUCUUUGAAAGGUCCCGAUGGACAUACGCCGGAACCGAUGAGUUCGUGUGAACGGUGCGGGAUAUCGUUGCAUGAUAGUUGUGCGAACAAACUGAGCGGGACUGGAACUGCGCUGUCGCUCUCCCAACUAGUAUCGUCAGGAAAUCGGUGGUUCUGUGAAGAAUGUAAAUCGUGUGACGGCUGCAACACCAUGGAUGAGAGUAUCAGUCGUACAGCACAGUGCCUGGUCGUAUGUGCCAGCUGUAGUCGCAAGUUUCACUUCCAAUGCAUGAACCCUCCCGUGCACAGUGGCGAACGGAAGUUUGAGCAAAGCUGGUGCUGUGUGAAGUGUAUCCAGUACAAACGAUUCAACGACUCUGCUGAGAAAAUCAAACAGUGCCAUCCAACCGCUUUCCAUCAAAAACAUGGCGAGGAUCGUCCGAAAACAGGCACACGUUUCAUCCGCGCACAACCGACCGAAAUCGAGCUGAUAGAUGGACGUAUCGAAGCAAUGAGGCUGAAGUUGGGUGACCGAGUGACGGAAGAUGAUUUGGAUGUUUUCCGCGAGGUGCUUCGCAUGCGAUCCAAUCUGGAGGAGGAAAAUCUUAAACGCACACCGGAAGCCAUACGACUAGGACGGUACGUAAUCGAAACGUGGUACUCGAGUCCAUUUCCGCAAGAGUACGCUAAAUUGAAGGUGCUGUACAUGUGUGAAUUUUGCCUGAAGUACAUGAAGACAAACGAUGAGCUCGAUCAUCAUCAGCGUACAUGCUCGCUGCGACAUCCGCCGGGAUGGGAGAUCUAUCGCGAUGGUGAUAUUUCCGUGUUUGAGGUGGAUGGAAACGAUCAGAGGUUGUACUGUCAAAGUUUGUGCCUGCUGGCGAAACUGUUCCUGGAUCACAAAACGCUCUAUUUUGACGUCGAACCGUUUCUGUUCUACAUCCUUACGAUACGCGACCAGCUCGGACACCACCUGGUGGGAUAUUUCUCGAAGGAAAGGUACAACCAGCUGAACUACAAUGUGUCCUGCAUUCUCACGAUGCCUCAGUAUCAACGGCAGGGCUAUGGGCGGCUUUUGAUCGAUUUUAGCUACAUGUUGAGCCGUGUGGAACGCAAGCCCGGUACACCGGAACGGCCUCUGUCCGACUUGGGUCGAGUCUCGUACCAGCAGUACUGGUGUUCGGUGUUACUUGAGUACUUUUACAUCAACCGUAGCGAAUCGUUCACGUUGGGUAAAGCAUCACAGGAAACGGGUAUGAUCGUUAGCGACAUUUUAACGGCAUUGCGAAAGCUUGGUUUCAUCAGGUACCGGGUUGAGCGUACGGGUUGCAUACGUACCAACCGCCCCUUCAUCUGCAUCGAUUGGCGUCGGGUGGAACAACAUCAUCAACGUGCCAUGACUGCAAAGAAAGGGAUUGAGUUGCGCGAAAUUUGUCUACGCUGGAUACCCAACCUGCGUCUCAGCAUUGUAAUGAAGCAAUUUAUGCAUGAGAUGUCCAAUAAACGAAAAGAGGUCAUCUCUCCGGUAACGAUGGACCAGGAACCGAGCAAGACAAACCGAUCAAGUGGAUCACACCACUCGAACGAGGAUGAAGUAAGGGUCGUACAAAACUGUAAAGAUGAUGCAAAUGUUCGAACAUUAUCGCAAUUGGAUACAAAAACAGAGCAAUCCAGCGCAGAGCACCAUAACACGAUAACAAGCACGGGCAGAACAAGGUUUCGGUCGAGAAAAUAUAGCGACACGGUGUAUGAUUUAUCUCUGUCUCUUACUACUGGAACUCCGAAAACACACGGAAGAUCCCAACCACAGCCCAACACAGUGCCAGCCGUUAAAACCAGUAAUCUGUUGACGCAUUCAUCUACUGCUGCCGGGCAUAAGUUACCGUUCAUUGUGCUGGUCCCUUUGAAGAUUGAACCCAGCGAGCGAUCAUUGUUGCUGUCGAGCGGAACACCUUCGUUCGAUGGUGAGGACAUUUCGCUAGACAGUGUGGAAGCGUUCAUGGGCACGCCAAAAAGUGAACUGCAUAAGUCAUCGCCCGAAAAGCACGCUGGGCCUGGCUUUACACCGAUCGCCCCAUUCCGCCAUCAGGAGGAUGGUGACAGUCGAAUAAUGGCGCUGGUGGAUACGAGUGAUGAUGCUUGCGGUCGGUUUUGCACUCCUAAAACAACACGCGGGCGCGAUGUGACGGGCAGCUUCGCGAGACGUCGAAAGAGAAUCAUCGGCUUUGAGUUGCUGUCGGAGGAAACGAAUCCUAAAAGGUUGCGGUUGGACGUCACGGCAGGGCCUGACCUGCGAAGAUCAGCAGAUGAUGACCUGUGCCGGAAGGAUGCUGCCCAUGACGGUAUCCCCGUUCGUCGGUUGGAUGAAGAAAGAGUGAACUGUCACGAGUCGAUGCGGUGUACGCGUAGCAACACGGCAAGUGUAGACGUGGUCUGUGCAGAGCCAAAUAAAAUGUUAGCCUUGUUUGGUAAAUCAUUACCCAGAACCAUUUAG